GGUGCUCUGAGCAAUCGGCGUUGAACGGGAUUGUCGACCAAUCGCAAGUCCGAGAGAGAUCUAAGGUCAACUUAAAAUCCAGCAUGGAACAUACGAACUAUAUAUCUCCUCACCGAUGACUCCUUCAGAUCGCGAGCAGGCUCCCGUUGGACAAGCAUUCCAGAAUAAGUGACUAGCAACAAGAUGGGGCUCUAUAUGGUUAAAUCAAUAGCCACUUAUACGGAGAGGUUACCGGUGGUGUUUCUCAUUUCCCUUCUAGGGUUCGGCGUUGCCAUUUGGAAAUAUAAACCAGCCGUCUCCAACAACUGCACACCAAAGCCGACAUCCGACAGUGAAAGCCAAAAAACAUACCCGCCCAUCGAACCCCUCCCGGACUUUAACUGGGAGACUACUGAGCCACUGAAAUUCCGGCCCUUUAAGCCAAAAUAUCACUUAACGAUGGCAUUAUCGAAUCUGGACCCCUCGACACUCAUCCAGAUGGACAAAACCUACAAAGACAGACUAGCCAUUCGCUCCUCCUUACUUCAAAAACAUCCCGACGUCGUCAUUGGGAUCAAUAACGAGACUGAUCCGCGAAUCUACGCCGCAAUCCGAGAGCUAUAUGUCUUCGUUGUCGGGACAUAUUUACCAACACGGUACCCUCAGAUGUUCCGACUGACUUCCCAACCAAGCGAUGACAACAGUAAGACAGGAACAGAGACUAAGACAAUACUCGAGAGUAUGGUCACAGGAUCAAAGACUCCGUUACACUUCAAUGAAUCCGAACCCGGAUCCAGAACAGGGAGAAGAGAACUCGAGACCCUGGGAACGCUAGUCGACGAGGAGUUUCUCAUUCUCCUCCCCGAAUCAUCUUCAACCCACCCCUCGAGCAAUCAAGGAGAACCCGAAAAAUACAUCCUGGAAGCAUACACGACCUUCUUUCCUGCCGGCUUCGACACGCGUAAGAAGCUCGGCCUCCGUCUCGCGUCCAUCCACACCCCAGUCCCGGGGUAUAAGGAGAAGCUUGAGCGCAGUAUGGACCGAUUCUUUGCGCGGGUCGAGGUCGGCCAGUUCGUGCAGAGGGUCAAUUGGAGUAUUACUACCGAUUCGGAGCUGUUCGCUGCGUUUGGCGGCGUGCACGGUGAUGAGGGUGAAGGGGAGAAGACUUUGAAUGUUGGGGAAUUAGAGGUGGAUUCUACAGUUUUGAGGUGUGAACGGCAAACCUUGCAUCGUCUUCCUCAGAGCAAGGGACUGGUGUUUGCGUUUCAUACUUAUACGUAUCCGAUCCAGAUGAUCAAGGAUGAAGGGCUAGGGGAGGAUCUGGCGGCUGCUAUUGAUGGGUUGAAAGAGGGGAAUGUGCCUGAAAUGCAUUGGUAUAAACGGGGACCUGUUUGGGGCGAGGCUGUGAAAGAGUUUCUGCGCUCGUAAUCAUUUUUCGUGUUGUUUCUUCAUUCUAUUACUUUUUGUUGGUUUCUUU